UGUGCUGUGCCUAACGUAGUGGUACACAGACCGUGCUGGUCUAGUGUGAAAGCAGGGCUGGUCAUGCUAGGACAGGCAGACGAAGACAGAUAAUGCGACUCAGUGUUUGCUAGACACCGAGCAGAGAGCAUUUCAGAGUUCCGAAUAAAUUGUAGAUAGUGAGUUUUUGUGUUUUAAAGUUGGGCCUGCAGUAGUUCCAACUUUGGUGGAAAGAUGGGCUGUUCGUCGUCUAGCACUCAGACUGUGGCUCAGGAAAACAGACCAGGCACUAAACCCGAAGAAACCAACGGAGACACGGAUUUCGUUGCCAGUAACGGUAUUGUAGCAAAGGAUGCUGAAACAAUAGCAGACCAGAUGCAUCUACCAGUGCAGAGUGCCCUGCCAGAAGAACUGGGCCCUGGGCGGGGGCUCAAAGAGGCUCCUUCUACUUGUGAUGCCCUGCAGAAUGUGGAACUGGUACAAGAACCGACAUUUGAGAGUGACCUGAUCCAGACUACUGAGGGUCCAGAGAGUACUGCACUAGAGAAGCCAAAAGCUCCCAUCGAGCCUCCAGUCCUACAAAAAGAGAGCAGUCCUGCAGAGAUGAUUAUGGAACAGAAAGUCACUGUGACCAGUGCUGCUGUGGAAGGGACGUGUCCUGCUGAAGCUGCAGCUCUUGUACCUGCAGAAAAUGUUGACGCAGAUACUCUUUUCCUAGUUGAGUCACCACCUGCUGAGGAGCCAGUGGUUUCUGCAGCCCCAGUGGAAGCAGCUGCUCCAUUAGAAGCAGCUUCUGAAGUUUCAGGAGCUGCACAGAUGUCAGAGGCCGCACAAGCUCCAGAAGAAAUGACUGCAGAGCCUACCAUCAUUCCCACUCCUGCUGUAGAACCCUCUCCAGCUCCUGAACCUGAACCAGCUUCAGAGCCCACACCAGUUGCAGAACUUGCUACAGAGCCAGCACCAGUUACAGAGGGCAACUCAGUUGUAGAACCAACUGCAGCUCCAGAAACCACACCUGUAGAAGCUGCCCCAUCUGCAGAACCUAUCAACUCCAAUCUCCAAUCAACUCCAGCCCCUGAGCCCACCCCAAAAGAAAACUUUGUAGCAGCAGAAGCAGAUCCCACUGCAAUAGAGGAACCUGAAGCAGUUACACUUCAGUCGGAGACAAAACCCGAUGCUCCACCGCCCAGUGGUCCAGAGCCAAUUCAUGUAGAGGCUGCGGCAGCUGCAGCAGCAGCAGUAGUUCUGCAAGCAGCACAAGAAAGUGCAGCCCUUGCAGCAACAAGUAUAGAUGCAAACACCCCUGUCAAGUCUACCAUGCAGGCCCCAGAAGCCCCCAAGGGUGGUGUGGGGGAGGGUGCAGUCUCUCAGGCUGAGACUGUUGAGACCAAACUAGCAGUGGCUCUGACUGAAGCUGUCUUGGCUGCUGCUGCUGAGGAAUGAGGGAACACACACCUUUGACUCGGCUGAGAGGCAAAGACUGGCAGAAUGGAACAUUCCAUAGAGCUCAAAAAUUGUGAUACACACACACACACACACACACAUAUUACCAUGUAUAAACACUUAGAUAGUAGUGAGGAAAUAAUUAGCUUUGAAACCAUGGUGCCUUUAUUGCUAUGAGAUUGGAGGUGUGGUGGAUUCUAGAGAACCUUAUGCACUCAAAAACAUUUCCGUUUAGUUUUAUGUUUUGUUGAUAAAAAAGCCACUUUAGAGAUGGAGAGAGUGAAGGCUGUCUCCUAGACCAGCAGUGAAGGCUAAAUGUAGCCACAAUGUUGAAAUAAUUAGGUCCCAGAAUGCAGGAGACCUUCUCUACAGCAGCACAUUCUCCUGUCUCAGUCUCAUCAAACUGACAGUGUUUCUUUUUAGUGUAAUUUGAGCAAAAGUGACAUAAAGCAACACUUCUUAAUGCAUGCCAAAAAAUUAAUAACUGUGAGAAAUAUGCUGUAACCUUAAUAAAUAAAGCCUUGCUGAAUAGGAUAGUAUGGUGUAAAUGUGAUUACCAAGCUAUUUUUUCUUGCCUGUCUGGUUUUUCCUUUACUCUUUUGUCUUUAUUGUCUGUGAGUCUGAACAAGCAGGUCUCAUCUCCUUUCUCCUAGUGCAUCAAUGCAUUUGUGCAAAUAGAAGACCAAAAAGCAUUUUAAAAUUACGAAAAGACUGAGCUGCUUUAAAGAAUGUUCUUGAAUCUGUCAGUAUAGCACAAUGUUCCUUGAAGGAAAAGGUUUAGUACACAUGGAUGAAGAUCAUUACAACAUCAUAGAUGCCAUUACAGACAUCUGCUGCAGUGUCCAUUGAUAAGAUAUAUUCUGUGCUAAUAUUUUAUUGCUAGACUUAACACAGCUGAAUUUGUGUCCACUGAUACACUACCUGAUGCAUCCUCUCACAUCAAUCAAACCUCUGCUGUGAAAAUGUGAAUUACUUUACUGGUACUACCCUCCCCUGAAAUACUGUUUACAUAACCCUUUUACUCUGUGAGAAUUACACUAAUGGUUUUAUUGGAAAAGAGGCUUCUAAUAAAUUCUUGAACUGUAGCAGGUCCUCUUUGACCAACCUGUAGUGCAGUUAUGUGGAUUUUUUUUUUCUUUUUCACAUUUCCAUGUGUACAGAAAAAAUAAAGUUGUUUAACUAAUGAAUAAAA